AUGCCUUCCGAGCAGCGAGACAUCAACUUCGACGACCUGGGCGCAAGGCUUCGGGACGAAGUGUACAUCGAACUCACUCUAGUGCUCUGCAAGAAGCUCGACAUUAAGAUUUUCUCUCUGGAGGCCGAAGACGGCACUUGGCCUCUUGAGGAGGACGCAGCUGCUGUUCCCAGGCACAAGAUCAAGUACUCGCGCUCCAUCGCCUCGCUCUUCCCCAACACCAAGAGCGAAGGGCGCGUCCACUUCCGAGUCGAGAAACCAGUGGCGUCUGGAUCGCCGACCUCGACGGCGCUAACACUGCCAAUGGAGCGCUAUCCAUUGUCGCCAUUUGCCGACCGUCGACUUCAGCUCAACCAAGUGCUGGCCAAAAUAACCAAACAUGCUAGGCAAGGCAAAAUGACGGGGAAGCGCAGACGCGGUGAUGACAAUCAGCACGGGGUCGUCAGCAGUUCCCUUGAGUGGGAAGAUGUGGAGAAGAUCUACGACCCACUCAUGCAAGAGGAUAAGGCGGCGUUUCCGGUCAAGAAACUGGACGAGACGUUCAUCGAGAAGCUGGUCACCAUGCUGCAGGAUGAGGGGAAGGCUUUCGGGUCGACGAAACGAGCCACUGCAGUGAGACGACUGCAGCAUAGCGUCACGACGAUUCUUGGUGCUCCGGAUCUACUGUUGACGCGGAAGCAGCGUAAGGUGGUUGUCGUUGUGUGUCUACGCGAAGACCAGCUGCGAGCUCAGUCAGAAGACUUGGUGCUGAUGGACGUAGCAAUUGCGGAUAACGAAGACACAGACAUCCAAGCGUCUCCUGUCUUCGGUAUCUUCUCGGAUUGGGUCUUCUACAAGCACGAUGAGACCGGGAUCAAGUAUUUGGAGGAAUCCCUUAACGACAACGACCGCUCGAUCAAGGGCGACGUUGCAACGGUUGCGGGGAUUAUUUACAACAUGAUGGGCGGAGAAUAA